UUUGCCUUUGCCCAUGACACAGCCCGUGUCCUCCAGUGUUUAAUACAGUAUGGUUCACCAGAACAGAGAGAAAUUGUUUUUCAGGAGAUCAAAGAUCAAAUAGUCUUAAUGUCCAAGUCAAAGUAUGCAAAGUUUCUUGUGAAAAAAUUUCUCAUCUAUGGGUCAAAGCCAAUGAAAAAUGCAGUAAUCAAAAGUUUUCAUGGGAGUGUUAGAAAACUAGUCAGACAUGCUGAAGCCGCUGAGGUGGUAGAGUUGGCAUAUAAUGAUUACGCCAAUGCAAGUCAGAGACUCUCUCUUCUUGAAGACUUUUAUGGCCCUAGUUUUACCCUUUUUAAGACACCUGACAUCAAGUCUUUAGAUCAAUUGUUACUAGUCCAGCCUGACAAAAAAGAGAUGAUUCUGAGUAACAUGAAGGAAGCAUUGCUGCCAUUGAUUGAUAAAACAAUACUAGGGCAUUCCAUGGUUCACAAGAUCUUCCAUGAAUUCUUUGUUCAUGCUAAGGAGAAAAUGAAAUCGGAUAUGAUUGAGUCAUUAAGAGAACACCUUGUACACAUGAUCCACACCAGGGAGGGAGCCAGAACAGCCAUGUGUUGCUUGUGGUAUGGGACCAGUAAGGACAGAAAAGUGAUUAUGAAGAGCUUCAAAACACAUGUUGCCAAGAUUUGUAAGGAUGAGUAUGGGUAUUUGGUGCUGAUAGCUUUAUUUGAUGUGGUGGAUGAUACCAAACUGGUGGGCAAAAUCAUCUUGGAGGAAAUUUUCAAGAAUUUACAUGACAUUGGUCAGAACCAACAUGGCAGGAAGGUUCUCCAGUAUUUAUUGUGUCCCAGAGACCCCCAUUUCUUCCAACCAGACAUUGUUCGAGUUCUUAAAGAGGGGGACAGCAACCCACACAGUAAGAAAGAUUCUGCUCUGAGAUACAGAGAGUUGCUGACGAUGGUGUCUCAGCCUUUUCUACAGUUUAUUGUAGACCAUGCUCGAGAUCUGGUUUUGGAGAAUGGCUCACUACUUCUGAUCUUAUCUAUUCUCAACUAUUCUCUGGGUGACCCAAGUGAGGCCAUGAGAGCAGUGGCUGAAAUUGCGGCAGAACCAUUUGUAGCAGGCAGCUUAGAAAACCAGCACAUUGUCGAGCACCCUGCUGGUCAUAUGACACUGAAACAUUUAAUACAGAGAGACAGGGAUAGGAUACAUGCAGGACAGCCAGUGCUGUUCUCUCAGGUUUUACUGAGAACACUUAAGGAGGGAUCAUUGAAGUCCUGGGCCGCAUGUAACAGAGGCUGCUUUACACUUCUAUUCUUGUUAGAAGUGGAUCAUCCUGAAAUAACAGACACAGUAAUUAGUCAGCUGUCUGGAAUCAGAAGUUCAUUGAAGAAAAUGACAUUCAGAGGAGCUCAACUUCUCUUACAAAAGCUGGAUGCUUUAAGUGGGGAGUACAAAUUGUAACUGCAUGUACUCUGGAGUGUACAUCUACUGUUAAGAGUAAAGUACAGAUUGUACCCGGAUGUAACCAUCAGUGUACAACCAUUGUUGGAAGAUUUGUGAAUAUUGAUGAAUAGAAAUGUGAAGCACAGAAAUUUUUAGUUGGAGACUGAAUGCAGCUUUGAUCUAAAGAUGAACAGACAGUGACAGUUUGAAAUCUGGCAUUUGAUGUUUUAGUUUUACAUGUCAAUAAUGGCUAUUUGUACAAUGUAAUAUGUAAAUUAAGUACAUGUAUAUUAAAAUAUUUUAUGUGGAAUGACUUUUUUAGGAAUUUACAAUUGAUGCAGUUAAGGAAACCAAAUGUUGACUAAGAGUGGCCAUCAGCUUAAUGAAAGAAAAUUACCUUAAUCGGUUUUAAGAGUUUUUUGAUACCAUCUGUAUUUUUCCCCUUUGAAAAUUGCUAUUUAUUUGAAAUUUCAUUGUAAGUCAAAUUGAUAUUUAAUAAACAAUUUAUGUUGAAGAGUCUUGUAUUAAAACAUUUUUUAAUCUUGAA